AUGAAUAAUUUAAAAGUUAUUUUAUUUUUUAUUUUUGCCUUAUUGGCAUUAAGCAGUGUCGAUGCUAUGGUAAUUAAGAAAAAAAUCGAAAGCAAAAGCGAUUUUGUUAUUUUAGGUAAAUUCUGUUAUAGUACCGUUCCAGGAUCAAUUUUGAUUUGGGAAGCAAAUAAUGUUACCACCAACCCAAAUGUCACUAUUCAAUUAUACGAUGAUGAUAUUAAUUCAUGGGGUGCUGCCACAGCAUCUGGUAAUAGUUGUAUCGAUAAAGCUGGUUUUUCUCUUGAUGAUUGGCAAGCAAACAAAGCUAGAAAAGUAGUUUACCCAAAGGAUACCCAACGUCCACACUUUUGGUACGUCGUAGCCACAAACUGUGCUGAAAAUGGUCAAGUUGGUACUGUUGACUUUACUCUCACUUUCUUAAAUGGUGGAAGUGGUUGGAAUACUCAAUUUUCAUAUGAAGAACAAGGUUUAGAGGCUUUAUAUUUAGUCUAUUUCUUUGUUUUCCUUGGUUUAUUUGGUUACACUGUUUUUACAACUUAUAAACUCCAUAAAAACAACUCACUUCAUCCAAUGAUUAUGAUUCUUGGUGCUGUUGUUACUUUAGAAUUUUUAUCAGUCUUCGUUCUCUUAUGCCAAUAUGGUUCAUAUUCACAUAAUGGUGUUGGUGGCAAAGGUGCUGAAGGUUUUGGUCAAUUAUUAGAUUUAGCUGCUCAAUUAGCUUUUAUUUUAUUAUUAAUUUUAAUUUCUAAAGGUUGGGCUAUUUCAAGAGUUACCAUUGACGAAAAGAGAAUUGUUUUCGCUGUUAUUGGUGUCCUUUCAUUCUUAUAUUUAUUCAUGUUUAUUUGGUACAAAGCUGGUGAAGGUAUUGCAUCAACUACCUACAUGUAUGAUACCGCUCCAGGUAUUGUUCUUUUAGUUGCACGUGGUUUAGCUAUGAUUUGGUUCAUGUGGUGUGGUUAUAGCACCUACAUGGAAGAAACUCACCCAGCCAAACGUAACUUUUACACUCUCUUUGGUAUUUCAUUCGUUAUUUGGUUCUUAAUUCUUCCAAUGAUCUCUGUUAUUGCUGCCGCUGUCGAACCAUGGGUACGUGAAAGAAUUGUUACUUCAUUCUAUGUCACUGCCAAUGCCAUUGGUUUCGUUGCUGUUACUUACCUUUUAUCCCCAUCAAGAUCUGGUGAUUUAAUUGCUCCAGCAACCAAAACCUCAGCAGAAGAAUACACUUCAAUUCCAUCAGGUGGUGAUUCAUCAUACACUUUUUAA